AAAAAUAAGUGUUCUUUCCUUCUUCGUUUGCCAUCACCACUCACCAGUCACCCUCCUAUUACUCUCUCUCUCCAUCGUCCUCCGUUUUCGGUUAAUCAGAAAAAGUUAAUAUCGGAAAAUUCAGAGAUUAGCUUCGGACGAAUGAACGAAUGAUUCUCUCAAUCUGACGGCUGUGAUCGAGUUAACACUGCAAAUCAUGUGGUCUUCCUUUUGGAGAUCCAGAGAUCGUUUCUCCUUAGAUGAACUCAGAUAUUUAAUUGAUCAGCUGCAAAAAGUUCAAAUUGUAAAUGAUGUUAAUAAGGACUUUGUAAUAGAGGCGUUGAGAUCGAUAUCGGAAUUAAUAACGUACGGAGACCAGCAUGAUUCAAACUAUUUUGAGUUUUUUAUGGAAAGGCAAGUAAUGGGAGAGUUUGUGAGGAUACUAAAGGUUAGUAGAACUGUUUCAGUUUCACGUCAGUUGCUGCAAACGAUGAGCAUCAUGAUUCAGAAUUUAAAAUCCGAGCACGCAAUAUAUUAUUUGUUCAGUAAUGAGCAUAUUAAUUUUUUGAUAACUUAUGCAUUUGAUUUUAAGAAUGAGGAGUUGUUGUCUUACUACAUUUCUUUCUUGAGGGCAAUUAGUGUGAAGCUUGACAAGAACACAAUUUCUUUGUUCGUGAAGACGCAAAAUGAAGAAGUUGUUUCAUUUCCACUGUAUGUUGAGGCUAUACGGUUUGCUUUCCAUGAAGAGAAUAUGAUCCGUACUGCAGUCCGUGCUCUGGCACUCAAUGUCUAUCAUGUUGGAGAUGAAUCUGUGAAUAGAUUUGUUGUGAAGGCCCCUCGUGCUGAUUAUUUUUCAAACUUGCUUACUUAUUUCCGGAAGCAGUGCAUCGAUCUAAAUGGAUUGGUCUCUGAAACUCUAAAAAAUCCAGACUCAGAUACAACCACUGCGAUUCUUGCUGCUGUGGAUGAAAUAGAGGAUGAUCUCUACUAUAUUAGUGAUGUUAUUUCUGCAGGGAUUCCUGAUGUUGGGAGAUUAAUAACAGACAAAAUUAUGCAACUUUUGAUUCUUCCUUUGCUUCUUCCAUCUUUGCAGUUGGAUGCUGCUAAUGAUAUUCAGAUUGGCGCUAUCACUUCUCUAUAUUUGCUCUGUUGCAUCUUACGCAUAGUUAAAAUCAAAGAUUUGGCAAAUACCAUUGCUGCUGCUCUUUUCUGUUCACCGGAGGCUUUCAUUGCAGAUUCUGAAACUAAACUCAAUGGUUAUGUGCCUGAUCAUGUGCAUGAAAUCCAGCAGCCAGAAAAUGAGAAUGUGAUUGAGGUAAAUGGAUGUUCAAAACAGAUCAUGCAGAGCUUGUCUAGUUCUUCCCAAGUUCGUACUGAAGAUAUUAUCUCAAAAGGUGUUUCUCAUUCAACUUUGAGGGAUGCUUUGCUUUCAUAUAUUACAGUUGGAGAUGAUCUUCAAGUUCUGGGUUCUUUGAGCAUGCUGGCUACGUUGUUGCAAACAAAAGUAGAAUUAGAUGAAAUAAUGCUAGAUGCUCUUGGAAUUCUCCCCCAGCGCAAGCAACACAAGAAACUCUUACUGCAAGCAUUGGUUGGCGAGGACUCACGGGAAGAUCAACUUUUUUCGCUAGGAAGCAGCUCUAUAAGAGAUGAAUUUAAUUGUGAGCUUGAUGGCUAUCUACAAACUCUAAAGGAUCAGUAUGGAGUAGCAUGCUCUUCUCUGGAGGUGGGAACAACCCCCUCUGCACAUAGAUUUCAGGUACUCCACACAUUGGUUAGUCUUUUUUGCCGUUCAAAUAUAUCUCCGGAGACAUUGUGGGAUGGUGGUUGGCUUUUUCGUCAGCUACUUCCUUAUAGUGAGGCAGAAUUCAAUAGCCAGCAUCUUAAAUUACUGAAAACUUCUCAUACACAGGAUUCUUAUAAGAAUUGCACAUGUGCUCUUCUUGAGGAGACCAGAGGUACAUGGCCUGAUCUACUUGUGUCCAUCUUACGUGAUGAAUGGAAAAAGUGCAAAAGAGCAAUGGAAGCUUCGUCUCCUCCGAAAGAGCCAAAGUGCAUACUCUUUCCAUUAGAGAAGUCCUCUGCUGAUGAUGUUCUUCCCAGUGAAUCAUCAAUUAUUGCUGGUGAAAAAAUGUGCAAGGUGGUGAAGGUGUUUGUACUUCUUCAUCAACUUCACAUUUUCUCCCUAGGUAGAGCUUUACCUGACCAGCCUCCUACUUGUCUUCCAAGUGAUAUCCCUGAAAAUUCCCGUGCAAGAACUGCUGGCCUGGACGCUUCAGGUCCAAAACUAGGCGCCGAGUUGAGACUAGUUGAUGCCGUGCCUUGUAGGAUUGCAUUUGAGAGGGGUAAAGAACGCCAUUUUUGCUUUUUAGCAAUCUCUGUGGGCACAUCUGGGUGGAUCCUACUUGCAGAAGAAUUACCCUUGAAGAAGCAUUAUGGAAUCAUCCGUAUUGUCGCUCCUCUGGCAGGUUCCAAUCCUGCAAUUGAUGAGAAGCAUUCAAGAUGGUUACACUUGCGGAUCCGUCCAUCUACUUUGCCUGUUUUGGAUCCUGCUAAAUCCAUUACUCAUGGGAAGGCUAAGACAAAAGCCCUGGUUGAUGGGAGAUGGACCUUAGCAUUCAGGGAUGACGAAUCUUGCAAGACUGCGUUGUCGAUGAUUAUUGAGGAGUUUGAUCUGCAAAGCAGUGAAGUCAAGAGAAGACUAAAUUCAUUGCUCAACAUUGAAGGAGGUAUAGAUGUUCCAGACAGUUCUCUACAUCCUUCUGAGGCUUCCUCAUCAACUCAAACACCUUCCAAUUCAUCGUAAGUUCCUGCUUGAUUUGAGUUCUCAGUAAUAGUAUGCUUUGGGUGGGAACUUAUUACGCUGUCUCACCCUAACAUAUAUGUUUAUAUGGAAACAGUAGAUAUGCCCAGCAACGUAGAUUAACACCCCAAUUAAGUCAUUCUUUGUAUACGAGCUUCCUUUGCCUUGAUUUGAUGAAUUUAGUGGCCUUUUUCUAACAUUCUUUAGCCUCUAACCCUAGGCUUCUCUAUUUUUUUGUUUCCAAAUUUUGUAUCGUGUAACAUUAGUGUAUAUCUGAGGCAAUUUUAUAGUAAAAGCUUUUGUUUAUUGA